GGUGGUAGCGCGACGAGUUACUGACGGCGGUGGCGAGACUGGUGGUGGUAGAAUGGAGUGCGGACCAGUCGGGCCUCCCUCGCACACGUAAGAGCAUGAAACUGAGUCGCGAGUACACGAGGCGAGUCAGUUCGCUGUCGACUGCGAUCGGAACAGGACGUGUGUCGUCCUCCGUCGGGUUUGUCGCCUAGACGGACUCGUGAGAUAUACUUUUUCUCAGCACGUCACUCUCGUUGAACCGAAUUUUGGGAUUACCGGAGCGACGGACUGGAGUCAGUUUGUUACACGUGCCGAGAUUUCUGUGGAUCUUUACCAGGGGGGGGAGGAAAAGAAAGUGUAUUUUUGUCAUUGAGUGCGUGAGGGUGCGUGAAUCGACGAAGGGGAUAAACCGGUGAAGUGCCGGCGGUCCAUGAGAAGAACAUGAGCGACCACGUGGUGGAAAGUACGUUCGAGCUUUCAGCCUUCAUGAAAGCCGGUAUUAUGGCGGGUUCCGAGAGAGAUAGCGUCUCUUGCAGCGGUGCCGACGAAGACAGUAGAUCGGGUCUGCACUCGCCCACUGCUUCAGAGGACAGCGUGGACGUGCAAGUGACGCCGAUUUCGUUGCGGAACAAACGGAAACUGGCGGAACCGCGCAAAAUUCAAGAACCGGUUGUUAUCGCGACACCCCUGAAGAAGAGACGAAUCAGUCCGAUCUCCGAGGAGACUAACGUUGAUCAAGAGGAGGCUAGAUCACGUACGCCGAAUCACUUUAGACCUUGGAUUCCCGUCUCCAGUAAAAAUGAGUGUAAAACGACGACGACGACGUCGACGGUGACAACGGCGGCGACGGCGGCGACGGCGGCGACGGUCUCCAGCACGAUAACGACGACGUCAACGACACCGUCGACGAAGACGUCAUCCGUUAGCGAAAGUGCGGAAGAGGAGAAGGGAGUGGAAGAGGAGAACGAGGCAAUGCAAAGGUUGCACGAGUCUGUCAGACGAUUGCAACAAUCUUCCAAUCAUGAUCGAUCGGCCUUUUCAUCGCGACGGGAGCCUCGUCACAAGUCCUUGGAGCCGGCGGCACCAACAGCAGCAGCAUCCACGCCGAACGUGAUCUCCCUGCCGCAUCCUAGGCUGCAAGACGAGCCACUGUCCUUGGUGGUGAGGGACGAAGUUCCCAGAGUGCCGUCACACCCCGGCGUGAGCGGCACCUACGAAAAGACGCCGUCGUACAUGAUGGAGCAUCUUUUAGCCUCGUCGUCCAGUCGCAAUCAUCAGAGUCACCAGAGUCAUCAAGGCCAUCCGACGGUGGUUCCCGCAUCGUCCGGAAGACACCAUCAUCAAGGUGGCCAACAGAGAAACUACAAGAACAUGACGAGGGAGAGACGGAUAGAAGCGAAUGCGCGAGAGAGGACCAGAGUGCACACCAUCAGCGCGGCUUUCGACACGCUGAGACGCGCCAUACCCGCUUACUCGCACAACCAGAAGCUGUCGAAGCUAUCGGUACUAAGGAUCGCUUGUAGCUACAUCAUGACGCUCAGCAAGGUCCUCGAGAAAGACGACGAGAUGGCGACUACAAGAAACAACGACCUGGCGGGUCUAGGUAGUUGCGUGGAGUUGGUCUCCAGAACCAUUCAGACGGAAGGCAAGCUGAGGAAGCGGAAGGAUGAGUGAAAUAAAUUCUGUUUCCAUCUGAACAACGUGGCCAACCGCGACGACGACGACGACGACGAGACAACGGAGAUAACGUCUCACACAUUGUCAAACGCUUAUUCGCCUUCUGUUCUCGAUGACGUUUAUUCGCGCGGAAGAGAAGGACGAUCUAGAGUUAAUUAAGUCAUUAAGUUAAAUAAUCUACCAUCACCGGCUUGUAAAAGUACUUUACGCGAGAGUGUCUCGAUUAAUUCGUCAAGUACCGAUCAAGAAUGUGUUAAUUAAAGCGUCCAUAAAUUAUAUUGUGAAGGAUUUUCAGGAGAGGAGGAUAGAAAUUCGUUUAAAUGAUGAAUUUUGUUUGUAUAAAACAUCAUGGAAUAAAUAAAUUGUCGUUGUAUAUAAAUUGUAUAAUACGCUCUUCGGAAUCGUCAUAAACAAACUUUAGAUUUUAAUGGAUACUCUCUAAAGAGAGAAUUUUUCUGGCGGCACCCGUGAUGGAGGCCACCUACCUAAGUUUCGAUAGCAGCUGCGCGCAACCAGACAAUAAAUCUUUAGAAAGAUCUUCAUAUUUAGACGGCGCUUAGUUUACGACGAGCACCGCAUCGCGGAAAUUACGAUGUAGAACGGCAAACAUUCACACAAGAUCUGACAUUUCGUGGUAGAAGCUAGUCUCGAUGCCACUUUAACCCUUUCGAAAUAAUACUGUUUUAUUUAUUUCGCUUAAUACAACUUGCUAAUAUAUCUUGCAAGGUAUAUUUUUCUUUUUUUUUUUAA